AUGAAUAUGUUGGAUGAUGAAGAUGACCAAAGCUUUCACGCUACGCGUGACGGCUACUCCCAUUUGAGCGAUGUCGAAUGGGAUGCGGUUGAACGAAUGGGUUCGACCAUGGGCAUCCAUGCUGUUAGCGUCAUGCUAGAGGCUCUCAAUAGAGAUGCCCAACAUGCUACUAUCGCCAAGUUCAUUCAAAAUGAACUUGACGCAGAACGCGAGAAAGUAGCCUUGCUUCACCAACAAGGUUCUCAACAAGCAGAGUUGUUGAGAGAACAAGGUGCUCAACAGUUUGAACUGUUGAGACAGCAGCAGGCUGCUGCUGGCGGGUCGAUGCACUCGCGUCGGCCCGAGACUUUGAAGAUUGACAUCUCAAAGGCGCGUCGCAUCGACGACGGGGAUAUGCAAGUUGCAUUUGCCCAGUCAAAUCUGGCAGGACGUGCCAAGACUUGGGCACUGGGGCUCAAGCUGCACGACCCAUAUGCGUUUGGGUCGUUGGAAGUCUUCAAGUCGCGGCUCAGACAAACGUUUGAACCGCCUAGAGCUGAGUUCAGAGCUCGAACCGAACUCUUGAAGCUCAAGCAGGGUAAGCGUGAUGUGCACGCUUACGCUCAACAUAUACGACAUCUCACGAGUUGUAUAAGUUCCAAUCCGGUGGAUGAACACACGUUGGUUUCGGUGUUCAUGCAGGGUCUUGCGGAUGGUCCCGUCAAGACUCACCUGUUCCGGCUUGAACUAGAUUCACUAGAACAAGCCAUUUCAAUUUGCGGAGCAGGAAGACUUCAGUCUGAGACAGGCUCGCGCCAGCUCGACAUCUUAUCGUCAACCGAGACGAUAUGA